AUGACGCGUCAAUCAUUUGAGGAGGUCGAGCGUCUGGGAUUUUGGCUUGUGCAGCGGGAAUAUUGGCGUGAGGCGUUUUUAGUUUGUGCAGGACUUUGGGUUUGUGCGGGCGGAGACUUUGGGUUUGUACGGGUGGAAAUUUUGGGUUGUGCGGGCGGAGACUUUGGGAUGUGUGGGCGGAGACUUUGGGAUGCGCGAGCGGAGACUUUGGGAUGUGUGGGCGGAGACUUUGGGAUGUGUGGGCGGAGACUUUGGGAUGUGUGGGCGGAGACUUUGGGUUGUGCGGGAAUUUUGGCGGCGUGA